UUUCUUGUCAUUUGGAUAUUUCGACCGGCAGCUGAUCCCAGACUCCCAGAGACAACAAAAGGAAAAAUAGCUAAAAUUGUGCAAGAAUGAAGCCAGACGAAAUUAAAUUCAUCUUAAUUUGAACAUAAAUAGAAUCUUCAUUGAAAAUAUUAUCUCCAGAACUUAGGUUAAAAAAAAACCUUUUUAAACUUUUUAUUAACAUUACCGGCAAAGCUAAGUUCUUCCACAGGGGAAAAUGAUUUCCUUAAAAGUUACUAAUUUACUUCAAAGUGUCUUAAAACAACACAACAGCCUCAAGUCUCGAGACCUAUGGGCAUAUGUUGCAAUAGCUUUUAACAAAGUCGAUCAAGAACGUUUGAAAUUGGUCGGCCCGGAUCGAAUGUGUGCCGAAUGGGUGCUUAAGAACGGUGGAGCUGUUUCAUUCGUCCAGGCUCCCGGUCGACUCCUUCAAGACUACAACCUCCUACCACCUCCUUCCACCCGUGUUCAAAUAAAAGAAAUCGAUGCAACUGAUUCUUCUAUCAUGAAAUUAGGUAUGGAACACUUGAAGUCAUGUCAACACAUCGACCGAGUCAUUCUGAAUCGUUGUAAGCACUUGGAAAGUGAUGGAUUGUCAGGAUUGACCCACAUCAAAAACACUCUGAAGCACUUACAAAUUUCAUCAUGCUAUAACAUCGACGAUCAAGGUUUGAUGGUUUUAAAGGAAUUGACUCAGUUGAAGAAUCUCUUGAUGUUCGAUUUACCAGCGGUCAAAGAUUUGGAUAAGGUCAUCAAUGAAAUUAAGCCUAAUUUAAAAGAUUGCACCAUCAAAACGAAAGAGGAAUAAAAGAAAUUCCAAUUUUUUGUAUGUACAUAUAUGGGAACGAACGAAUAUAAAUAAUUGUGUUUGGAAUUAAAAACAAUUUUGCACACGAAAUUAACGAUACUAAUUUCGUCAUGCACUUCGUUGGUCACUUGAAAAAUUGAGGAGUGAUAUAGUUCUUCGUUAGACAUAGAAAGAACAAAUAAGAUAAACAGAUUUAAAACGAACGAAUAAAUUUACCAAGUAUUAAAA